CACGCGCCAGCAGUUGCAACGAUGACCAAACGCGUCUGCCAGCGUGCCACGUCGCUGAACCUGCCGGGCGCCGUGCUGCAUGGACGAUGCUGGACGAUGGACGCGACGUCACCUCGCUCCUCAAGGCGCUACCGCCACUAACGCUGCCGCUCGAGCUCGUCGCGCUCCGCGACCUUGGCGCCGCUAUCAACCUCGCCGACCACUGGCCGGUCGUCCACGUGAUCGCGAUUCCGAUCGAGCAUGCGCGCCUCGCCAUCGACGCGCUGCCAGCAUUCGAAGGCGUCUUUGUGAAUCUUGGCGUCGCUGCCCUCGUGUGGCUGGAUGCAACCUUGCCACCAGCGAUGCCAAUCACGUUGGUUCUAAGCCCCGAGGAGCUUGGCACAAGUAGCGCCUUUGCCUAUGCCUGGGGCGACCGUAUCACCAACGUCAUUGUCAGAGGCGCCACGGUGCGUAAAGAUCCAAUGCCCGACAUGCUCGGGCGCUGCGUCAACGUUCAAUCUGUCCUAAUCGAGGCCAACUUCGUGCCCGUCGAUAAGUACGUGGAUGCUCUCUCGACCAAGCAGCUGCAUGCACUCCAACUGGAUGAUAUGGGCCAAAAUACAGUCGACGCGUCAGGCAUCGUCGCAAGGCUUGAAGAACCUCGCGCGACGACGCUCUCGCUCACGUGCAACUCGGUGCGCGACCCGGCACCGCUCGCAACUGCAAUCCAAGACUGCUCGCAUCUCACCUCGUUGCGCCUCGGCGAUGCGCUCGACGUCAAAGCGGCUUCGGUGUCCUUGCACCACGUCACGUCGCUCGCCAUUCUCGACAAUGGCUUUGACGACCGCUUACCGGUUGGUCCGCUUCGGAAGCUCGAUCGCUCCAAGGUCGUCUCGUUUUUGCUCGAACACGACGUUGGCGAUGAAGGCGACGAGAUCCCAUGA